AAAGCAAUCCAUAAUUUCUCUAAGUUCUAGUACUAGAGGAGAGAGAAUAUCACACAUUCUCUCAAAAAAAUUUCCAAUGGCUUCUUUAGUCAUUUACUCACCAUCAACAGUAGCUCCUUCAUCUUCCCACACAAAAUUGUUCAAAAUUUGCAAUUUUAAGCAGCAAAAUGCUAAAAUCUUAUCACCCUCUUCUUUGUUUGGUAAAAAUUUAGCUAUUUCUAAUGAUUUAAACACACAAAAAUUAAUGAACAUGAAAAAAAGAUCAAGUCUUGUAAAUUGCUCUGUUACAUCCCCUGCUCCUCCAGCAGCUCUUCUCUUUGAUUGUGAUGGUGUUCUUGUUGAUACUGAAAGGGAUGGUCACCGAGUUUCUUUCAAUGACACUUUUACUGAAAGGGGACUGGGUGUCUCUUGGGAUGUGGAUUUGUAUGGUGAAUUGCUCAAGAUUGGAGGUGGAAAGGAAAGGAUGACCGCCUACUUCAACCAGGUGGGUUGGCCAGAAAAGGCUCCUUCAGGUGAUGCAGAGAGAAAAGAAUUUGUUGCUUCUUUGCACAAGAGAAAGACAGAGCUGUUUAUGGCACUUAUUGAGAAGAAGCUGCUGCCUCUUCGGCCAGGUGUUGCUAAGCUGAUUGAUCAAGCUUUGGGAAAAGGAGUCAAAGUUGCUGUGUGCAGCACAUCCAAUGAAAAAGCGGUCUCUGCAAUAGUUUCAUGUUUGUUGGGUCCUGAGCGAGCAGAAAAGAUGCAGAUUUUUGCAGGAGAUGUAGUCCCUCGGAAGAAGCCUGAUCCAGCCAUUUAUACACUAGCAUCCACAACCCUCGGUGUUGACCCUGCAAGUUGCGUUGUGGUAGAGGACAGUGCCAUUGGUCUUGCAGCUGCCAAAGCAGCUGGAAUGAAGUGCAUAGUGACCAAAAGCGGUUACACUGCUGAAGAAGACUUUGAGAACGCUGAUGCAGUUUUUGAUUGCAUCGGAGAUCCACCAGAGGAAAGAUUUGACUUGGACUUUUGUGGGAGCCUUGUUGCAAAGCAGUAUGCUAGUUAAUAUAACCUGUUUAUGAGUUGAAGACGAGAGUUUGUAAUUAUCCAAGGCUUUUAGUGAAUGUACAAGCUUUGAGCACUUGAAUAUAUCAAUCAACUUAAGUACUUUACUCCAUAUUUUAUAGCAGUAAAGAUCACUGAUUUUUUGUAAUGAGUUAGCUCACUUCUUCUCGUAUGUAACAAGCUGUGAAUGAAAAUCUCACUUCAUUGUUUUUUA